AUGUCACGUAUUCUAAGCAAAAGAGACAAUUAUAAGAACGAUGCCAUUACAUCAUUUCCUUUAUGGAAAGAAGAAAAUGACAAGGACGACACGUAUGAAGACGCCUAUGAAAUUAUCCCUGCGGCAACAACAAUGGAUCUAGUAUCUUCCCUGGAAGAAUGCACGACUGGGUUGUAUUUGUUUCUCAAUAACAGAUUCUCAGAUGCCAUAAAUCUCAUUUACCCGUGGUCAAAAAACAGCAUCUACCAUGCUCUAGUCAACAGCAUCCUCAUGGUGGUGAAAGCCAUCUUGACUUUUGACCCGCAGGAUAUAGACAUUGGAAUGACUGCCGCCAAAGAAGCGUUGAAAACUUGUAACAGCUUCCGAAGGAAAGGCAGGAUGACUAGUUUCUCUCGUCUAGUGAGUAAGCAGGGCAUAAAGGCUAUCAAAGAAGAGGAACUGCACGCUGAAGUCUGCUAUGCAGAGUGCUUGAUCUUGAAAUCUGCUGUGACCUUUAUCCAGGAUGACAGCAUGCUUGGCUUUCUUAAAAGUGGGAUCAACAUCGGGUUAAGUUACCAAAUCUACAAAGACUGUCAACAAAUAUUAACACAGAUACCCACCAACCAAAGCAAAACCUCUAGACACUUGGUUGGAGGUGUAAAAUUCGGACUCGGAGCAUUCAAUUUGAUAUUGUCCCUCAUGCCACCAAAGACACUUAAGUUACUCAACGUUGUUGGAUAUCAUGGUGAUAAACAGGUAGCCUUGACUCUGCUUCACGAGAGUGCCUCUGAAUCCCACAUCAAUAAUGUCUUAAGUAUUCUGACUCUGCUCUUCUAUUACAGCUAUGCCUGCGUAGCUUUCGGUAUUGAAACAAGUCACAGUUAUCCCAUAGACCAUCUCUUCCUAACUUAUCUCCAGAAAUUUCCAAAGUGUGUCAUAUUCAAAUUUUUUCAUGCACGCUUCAGCAUGCUGAAAGGGAAAUUUGAGAAUGCACAGUUAGCACUGCAGGAGUGCAUUUUUAUUCGGAACGAAUGGAAGCAACUUGACCACAUCUGUUACUGGGAGCUCAUGUGGUGCCACAUUUUUGUGCAGGAUUGGAAGGAGGCCUACCGCUAUGCCGAUAUGCUGCUUCAAGACAGCAAGUGGUCCAAGGCAGUGUAUUCAUACAGCAAAGCUGUGCUGCUGGCUCUGCUUCCUGCGGGGUUUGCUAAGUCAGAAAGCAAGGACAUGAACUCUCUCUUCUUAAGUGUGGAGAGCCUGAGAAUCAAACUUUUAGGCGCGUCUGUGCCCAUAGAGAAGUUCAUUGCUGAGAAGGGUCAGCGCUAUGGCAGUACUGAAGGCUGGUUUCUGGCACAGCCCAUCCUGGAAUUCAUGUAUGCCUGGAGUGGUUUCCAAGUCAUGAGCAAAAGACUAUACCCGAUUUCAUGCUGGCUUGCAAUAAUUAACCGAGGAGAAGAACUUUUACGAGAAAGACCAAAUAAAGAGUAUGGCACGGAUGACCUAUGUUUGCUAAGUUUACUGAAGGGUCUCUGCCUGAAACACUUGGGCAAAUAUGUGGUGGCUGAGCAGUACUUCAAUCGUGUCAUCCAAAAGGAGAAAUUGCUAAAAUAUGACCACUAUUUGGUGCCGUACACUUACUACGAGCUGGGGAUUCUGCACUAUCUGAAAGGAGAUUAUAGCAGUGCCAUGAAAAACCUGGACAACAUAAAAAACUAUAAAGACUAUUCCAUGGAAGCCCGCUUACAGUUUAAGACUCAUAUAGCUCUUCAACAAAUAGCAAAAGCAAAGUGA